AUGAAUAGGUAAGAAAUACAUAAUAAAUUCUUAUAUGUAGAAAAUUGUUGCUUUCACACAAGUGUCAGUGGAUAUGGUUUAGAUAAAAUAUUAAAAGGAAAAAACUUAUAUGAAGUGAGAUAAGAAAUAAAUGAAUUAGAAAUUAGAGUUAAUAUUUCUAAGAGAGUUUUAUUAUUUAUGGACUAUCCAAAAUAUUAAAAUAUAAAUAAACUUGAUGAGUCUAAAAUAAUAUAAGACAAAAAUUAUAGCUUUGGAAUAAGCUUUUGUGUUCCAGGUGAUGAUUAUAAUAUUGAAAUAGAAACAAUUUUAACAGACGAUAAAUAUUUAGAAAACUUUGAUUAAAAAUGA